AUGGCCGACCAAAAGCCCAUAAGCGAGUCGUUCUUCAAGGACAAGGAGAUGGCUACCACUCACGAGGAGGCGGCCGUUGCGCCGGGGGCCAUCGCCUCCGAGGCCAAGCAGGCGGCUGAUGCCGAGCAAAACAUGACCGUCUUGCAGGCCAUCAAGGCAUAUCCCAAGGCCAUCGCCUGGUCUGUUCUGUUGUCGAGCACCCUCAUCAUGGAGGGCUACGAUCUUGCGCUGCUCGGAAACCUCUACGGCAACUCGCACUUUAACAAGUACUUUGGCGAAUUCCACGAGGCCAGCGGCAAAUACGUCAUCUCUGCCGCCUGGCAGUCGGGCCUCUCCAACGGUGCCCGCGCCGGUGAGGUCUUUGGCCUCAUCAUUGCCGGCUGGAUGACCGAUCGCUGGGGCUACCGCUACACCACCAUGGCCAACCUCGUGGCCAUGAUCGGCUUCAUCUUUAUCCUCUUCUUCGCGCCCAACGUCCAAGUUCUCGUCGUCGGCCAGAUUCUCUGCGGUAUUCCCUGGGGCGCCUUCCAGUCCGUGACACCGGCCUAUGCCAGCGAGGUGGCGCCGGUCAUUCUGCGGCCGUUCUGCACGACCUUUAUCAACGCUUGCUGGGUCAUCGGUCAGCUGCUCAGCUCCGGCAUUUGCCGCGCAACCAUCAACAGGCCAGACAACUGGAGCUGGCGCAUCCCGUACGCCGUCCAGUGGGUUUGGCCUAUCCCCAUUCUCAUUGGCCUGAUCUUUGCUCCCGAAUCACCAUGGUGGCUCGUCCGUCACAACAGGAGAGAAGAGGCCCGCCACUCUCUUGUGCGCCUCACGAAGCGCGAUCAGCCCAGUGUCAACGUCGAAAACACGCUCGCCAUGAUCGAGUACACCAACGCCCGCGAGGCCGAGCUCAGCGAGGGCACAUCGUACCGCGACUGCUUCCGGGGCACUGAUCUCCGCCGCACAGAAAUUGUCGUGAUUCUCUGGAUCGUUCAGACGCUGGGAGGACAGAACAUAAUGGGUUAUUUUUCAUUCUUUAUGGUGCAGGCUGGCUUAGAUCCUUCGAAUUCGCUUUCGUUGUCGAUCGCCAACUCGGGGUUGGGCCUCGUGGGAGUUUUCUGCAGCUGGAUAUUGAUGUCUUACGUGGGGCGGAGAAAGAUCCACUUCACAGGACUCACGUGCCAGCUGCUCAUCUUGGUCAUUGUUGGCUCUCUUCACUUUGCAGGGAACCAGGCCUCUCUGUGGGCAACCGCCGGAUGCCUCAUUCUCUUCACCUUUGUGUACGACCUGACAGUCGGUCCCGUUACUUACUCGCUCAUCUCGGAGCUGUCCUCAACGCGCCUCAAGACCAAGACCAUCGUCCUGGCGCGCGCGGCCUACAACACAUCCAAUAUCUUCGUCAACGUCAUGACCAACUACCAGCUCUCCACGGCUGCCUGGAACUGGGGAUCGAGGACUGCUUAUUUCUGGGCCGGCACCUGCUUCUUCUGCGUCAUCUGGGUCUAUUUCCGUCUGCCAGAGCCCAGAGGGCGCACGUAUGCGGAGCUGGAUAUGCUGUUUGAAGAGGGCGUGUCGGCGAGGAAAUUCGCCAAGACGAAGGUGGACGCUUAUACCGAAAGCACCCCGCUUGAGAAGAAAUCAUCGGAGGGUGCUUAUUGA